AUGACUCGUGCCCUCCAACGAGGUGUCCGGACUCUGUCCUGGACUCGGGUCGUUCCUCGGGUCCACCGACAGACAAGAAAUGUCCAAAUCCGCGCGACGCCCUCGGCAGAGCCCACGGUGAACGGCGACCAUCUCCCCCUCGCCAGCACGCCGAAUUCAGCAGAAUCCCGCGAUGCGCGAUUCGAUGUCGUUGGCGCCCCAUACUCGCUCCUUUCGGUGUCUCUCUCGGCCUCGCAAAACCUAUACACGCGUCGAGGAACUUUGGUGGGAUUGAGCGGCAAGGCAGACAAUGUGGUUUCAACUUUGAGCGUUCUGGAGCCCUUCCGCAGGGCGCCUAUCGGGGUGCCUUUCCUCUAUCAAAAGGUCUCUUCCGCCAGCCCCGUCACUGCGCUCAUCUCGACCCGCUCUCCGACGACCUCCUUCAGCGUUGUGAAUCUCAAUGGCUCUGUGGAUUGGAUGGUGGCUCAGCGGAAUGCUCUGCUGGCAUGGACGGGCCGGUCUCUGUCCAUCAAGCCGACUAUCAAUACCAACUUGGGCUUGACGCACUGGGGUAGCUCCGAGGUGACUGGAAGAGGUUUGAUUGCCUUGGUUGGCAACGGCCAGGUAUACUCUGUUGAAUUGAAAGACGGCGAGCAGUAUAUCGCUCACCCGAGUAACGUGCUGGCAUAUACCAUGUCCUCCAACCCCCCACGGCCAUACCGCUUCAAAUCUACUACUCUCAGCUUCCAGGUACCUGGCUUGAAGACAUUGCCCAGGUUGUUGCAGAACAACGAGUUCAUCAAAAACGUAACCAGUGCCGGAUCCUGGAAGUCUACGAUGCGCUUUUUCCACAAGCUCCGAACCUGGUCUCGCAUGACCAUUUGGGGAGAUAGGCUAUUCAUGCAAUUCGAUGGUCCCGCGACUGUCCUCAUUCAGUCGCGCGGUCCCCGCUUGAAUGACGUUCUGUCCAGCCAGGAAGUCAAUGAGAUCGCAGGUACCCCUCGUGGGCUCACAUCUGCUCCUAGACUAUUAGAGAAUGAGCAGAGAGAGGCCGAGGCGCCUGGGGUGCCACACCUUACCCGCUCCGUUGAGACUGUGAACAAGGAGAUCCAAGGAAUCAGCCAAAGCAUCGCACAGAUUCGCUCCGAUGGCAAGGUUGAAGUAGAGGAAGUUGGUCGCACGAAGAGCGUGUAG